GGAUAUAGGCACAAUCGGCGCACAGGUGAACAACACUCGACCCACUCCUUGUGGGAGAAAACAUGGGAAAGCUUCAGGAAUUUGAUAUUAUUUUAACCGACAACAAAGAUGUUUACAGCCCCGGAGAAUCUAUCACAGGCACCCUGAAAAUUACAACAGCAGAACCACUGCAGUGUAAAGCAAUCAAAGUCAAUUGCAAUGGCUUCUGUGGCGUGACCAGCAAAAUCCAUGACACCGCAUGGACUGUGGAGGAGCCUUACUUUAACAGCACGGUCAUUGUGACAGAUAAAGGAACACUGAAAGAGGGAGACCACAGCUUUCCCUUCAAGUUUUUCAUUCCAGCCUCUGCGCCUACAUCUUUUGAAGGAAAUUAUGGGAAGAUUAUUUACAGAGUUAGGGCUUUUAUUGACACCCCUCGCUUCGCAAAGGACUACAAGACGGAGAAACCCUUCUACCUGCUGAGUCUCUUCAAUCUGAACAAAGUACCUGACAUACAGGAACCUAGUUCCUCAGCCAUAACCAAGAAGUUCAGCUACAUGCUGAUGAAGACUGGCACUGUGUCUCUGAAGGCCCAGACGGACAUGCGGGGCUACACUCCUGGGCAGGUCAUCCAGCUCAGCACAGAGAUCCAGAACCAGUCGGGCAGGACCACGAGCACCGUGGUGGCCAGCCUCAUGCAGAGAGUGACCUACCAGACCAAAUCAAAGCCUACCUAUGACCAGAAAACCAUUGCGGAGGUGGAGGGUGCUGGGGUGAAGGCCGGCAAGCUGUCUGAGUGGAAGGAGCAGAUCAUCAUGCCUCCUCUUCCCCAGUCCUCCCUCUCCGGCUGUAACCUGAUUACCAUAGAAUACUACAUCCAAGUCACCCUGAAGUCUGCGGAUGCCACUUUGACCCUUCCCAUCCACGUCGGAAAUGUCUCGCUGGACAAGAAGUCCCAAAAGUCCUUCAAGGAAGCCCCACCCUCUCGUCCGGCCUCCUCUCCGGCCGCUCGCCCCGUCUCCAUCGCGGACCCCACCCCUCCUCCCAAGCCAGCCCCCCGCGCCGCCACCCGGAAGAGAGGCUCUUCGUGUGCCUCCCCCAGCGCCCCUCCAGCCGAGGAGCACCGUGACGACCCAGGGGCCAUCCCCACCAAGAACUCCCAGCUGGGCCCCUCGGUCCCCCAGGCCUCCAUGUCCCCCUGUGCCUUCAGCUAUGCCCCAGGUGUCACCUUCCCCCCCAAUCUACGCCAGCCUGGUUCCACAGACGCCACAGGGGUCAGCUCCCCAUACUUCUCUGAGGGCACCCCCAUGCCCAUCGCCUUCCCCGCCCUCUUGCCUCCAGACUACGGGAACUCUGUAUACCCGCUCGGUCGGUCAUUAUCCCACUUCCAGCUGUAUCCCACUCUUCCAGAGGCUCCACCCUCCUAUGAUCAGAGCUGCAGCGGCAGCACAUAAGGUUCAGCCGGGAGAUCCAGGAAGCCGGGUGGCAACUGCUAUCUGAUCACUGUUCUGCUCUUAUUAAUCCUCACCAGUACACCACAUGUUGUUAUAUUUUGUCACAACCGAUGUUGUUGGAUAUGACAGGAAGUUGAUAUUGAUUGUUAUUUUGGUGUAUACUGUGAGUAAAGGGUUGGUUAAGGAGUGAAGAUUUUAAAAUGACAUCUGUGAUGUUAGAAAUAUUGGAAGUGCUUUUUACCUUUUUUUUUUCUCUUCUUCAAAGUCUGCUUGUUAAUAUCGGCAGGAUACACUUUGUUCUACUGGAUGCCAAUGACCCAAUCACAACAGUUUUAAUGUACUCUAGGGGCGCUCACAAUCGACAAUACUUGUUUUGAUUUUUGAAUUGUAUUUUAUCAAUGUUAUUAAUCUUCAGUGUGUGAUGUUCUCUAUUGUUUUGCUUUAGAUAUGGUGUUGAAUAAGAGAACUGUUUGUGAUCUUACAAAGGAGUAGCAGCAGAGAAGGUUUUGCUGAUUUGCUUAUCAAAUCACUAGCAUGUAGAUUUGGACGUCCGUUUGAAGUUUGUCCUUCCACUGUAGACUGGUUAUCGACGGUUUUGCGUUUGAUAUUAUUUGAUGGUAUAGGUAGCUUUUAUGAAUGAGGAAUCCAUGUCAUGUUUUCCUUUUUACAAUCUAAUAAACAUGGGACAAAACAACACAUUGCUGCUCAUACCUAGUAGUAGACACUAUUAUUAGCUUUAGCCUUCCCUCAGGAUCAUAAUCAGGAGUUGUUUGUUUCAGUUCCUCUCAUCUGAUAAACCAGCCAUAUGAUGUGCCACAUUGUAUGUCUUUACGAAGGGUUAGUUGUUGUGUGUUUUAGGAAGGUAUUUAGCUCUCUGUUCUUUAUGGAAUUGACUUUACAAUUGACUGGACACUUUUAGUUACAAAAUGUGUGUUGCAUACACUGCAUUGUGUACAAAUGUUUAUUUAUUGAUAUCACAAAAAAAUAAACUAUUUAUCAUCAGCAA